CCCCGUCUUCUUGCCCUCUUUUAUUUGCAUCUCAAACAUUCGAAUGUCAAAGAAGAUGACUACACUGUUGAGUCUUAUGUGAAAGGCAAUUUCAUUUCGUUUAAUGUUCCAACAUUGGCUUCUAUUCUUCAUAUUGAACAAACCAAUAACCAAAUAUAUUUUCAAAAUGAGUAAAAAAUGGCUGAUACUGUGGGCAAUAUCACUGAAGUUUAUUCUACUAUCUGCAUUAGUAAAUCUAUGGGCUCAAAUCUACUUGCCAAACACCUAAAACCACAUAUUCGCAUUCUCCACAGUUUUUUAUUAGAGAAUGUAACUCCGAAAGCAGGCCGCUAUGAUGUUGUUCCCACUUUUCAUGCUUACCUACUCUAUUGUUUUGAGGUUGGUCAACCCAUUGAUUUGUGUUAUAUUAUUAUGCAAUAAAUGACUCUUGUCUCAUUCACGCGAGACAAAGCUUUGGCAUUUGGAGCCUUGUUGACCAAAAUCCUCAAAAACUUCAAAGUUAGCUUUGUCAGUGAGCCCAAAUCUCAUAUUGCCUCCAACAUUAGUGAGUACACAAUAAACCAAGUUGGAGGAGGUGAUGUUUUGCUUGUGAGCAUGGCUGCUACUGAUGUUCCCAUGGAUGAUCCUCAACAUCAUCUUGAAGUUGCAAUGCCACAACCACAGCAACAGCCUCCUGCCUAUUGGACAGACUUUACGGCAAUGGAGCAAGAACACUACAAUCAACCCAUUCAAUGGGAACAACAAAUGGCCACUCAAAUGAAUUCCAUCUCUCAACAAUUUGGUGCGCUCAAUACCCGUGUUGACCACAUUGAGACACGCAUGGAUGCCAUAUACCAGUACCACUUUCCUCUGCCAGCGCCUAAUCCUGAGCAGUGAUCCUCUUGAUGUUGAUAAUCUCAUAGUGACAUUACUGAUUGUAAUGUUUUUAUGUAGUUUUCUUUUCGUCUUGUUUUUUUUUUUUUUUCCUUUCACUUAUAUGUUGUUUUAUUUUGCUCCUAUUUUUUUUUUUUUCUAGCAGACCUCAACAUGAAGUCCAUGAGAUGUGAUAGUAGUUGUUUUACUCCUGAGCAUCAAUAUUUUUUUUUUUCAAUUUCAUGGUUUAAUUGAGUGGAAUGGUGAUCAGUUUAUAAAUUUUUUUUAUAGAUCAAUUAGUCUUAUUAAUUUUGAAAAUUGAGUUUAUAGUUAUACCCUUAUUUCUACUUUUUUUUUUUUUUUACGAGAAAAGUAAUACACAACCUAUUAUAAGAUCUUCUAAUAUGAGAAUCUCUUUUUGGGAUUGGGUGUGGUUAUUAAAAUUUUGCGUGGAUUUUGAUAUGGGAAUCUUUUUUGUUUGAAAUGUGAGAUUCUUCAAAUAUUUUUUUAAAAAAAAGUACAAAAACCUCUUAGUAAGUUUUGAGAAAAUAUAUAAUUUCAAACUAUGGGGUUUUGAUCAGGAAUGACUUGAAAUGUAGGAUUUUUCAAACAUUCCAAUAGUACAAAAACCCCUUAGUAAGGUUUGUGCUAAUGCGUAAUUUCAAAUUGUGGGAUUUUGAUUUGAAAUGGCUUAAAAUGUGGUAUUUUUUCAAUCUGAGUCGAGCAAGACUCAUUUGGCUAUGGUGUUUGGACUCAUUGGAGCCUGUGUUGCCGCCUUCGUAAUGUCGGUUUUGUUGGGUUUUUAUUAUUGCUGGCAUAAGAAAUAGGGGAAUAAUAAGAGUGAUGCGAUUGGUUUUGGGUUGGAUAUGAAGGAGGUGGAAUCGAGGCCGCGAAUGAGUCCUAAUGCGGGGUUAAUUUAGUUCAAGAUUGAUGAGCUUUCCAAGGCAACUAAGAAUUUUUUGCAGAAGAAUUUCAUCAGGAUAGGUGGGUUUGGUGUUAUGUAUAAAGGGACUUUGUCAGAUGGGACGAUGGUUGCUGUGAAACAACUGAUCGAAUCCAAUUUUCAGGGGAAUGAAGAGUUUUGUAAUGAAGUUAAGAUCAUUAGCAAGUUGAAGCAUAGAAAUUUGGUUCCACUUAGAGGUUGUUGUGUGAUUGGUGAAGAAAAUUGAGAGUAUAAAGAUGGGGAAAGGCAGAGGUACCUUGUUUAUGAUUACAUGCCAAAUGGAAAUCUUGAUGAUCAUUUGUUUUGGUCUAAGAAAUAGAGUAUGGUUAGGAAGCAGGCAUUGACAUGGCCUCAAAGAAAGAGCAUAAUUUUAGAUGUGGCAAAAGGGUUAGCUUAUCUUUACUCUGGAGUCAAGCCUUCUAUAUAUCAUAAAGACAUUAAAGCCACAAAUAUACUUUUGGAUGCUGAUAUAAGAGCUAGAGUGGCUGAUUUUGGGUUAGCAAAGCAAAGCAGAGAAGGGCAGUCUCAUCUCACUACUAGAGUGGCCGGUACACAUGGUUACUUAGCCCCUGAGUACGUGUUCUAUGGGCAAUUGACAGAGAAGAGCGAUGUUUAUAGUUUUGGGGUGGUUAUUUUGGAGAUAAUGUGUGGAAAGAAAGCUCUUGAUUUGUCUUACAAUGGAUCGCCACGGGCAUUUCUGAUCACAGAUUGGGCUUGGUCAUUCAUGAAGGCAGGGAAAAUAGAGGAGGAUUUGGAUAAUUCUUUGUUGGGAGAUGGAAAUUCGGCGAAUUCGAAUCCAAAGGCUAUCGUGGAAAGAUUUGUGCUUGUUGGAAUUUUGUGUGCUCAUGUGAUGGUGGCUCUAAGGCCAACUGUUUUGGACGCAGUGAAAAUGUUGGAAGGAGAUAUUGAGGUUCCUAUAAUCCCUGAUAGGCCAAUGCCUCUUGGGUAUCCUUCUUUUUCCAGGGAUGGGAAUACCUUCAGCAUAUCGCCAGCGGUGAGUGGACCUAAAUUGAAUUCUGGAGACAUGCUAAGGUGAUUGAGAGAACUUGUAAUGUUUGUAUAUCUCUUUAUUGAUCAAGAGGAUAGAUGGAGAUGGAAACCAGAAUCUUGGAAGUCCUUUUUGGAGUUGAUUCAUGGAAUGAAAUAGAGAAGAUGAGGAAUUCAAGAAAAAGCCAAAUUCCUCUAAAUACAUUAAUCAAUUGAAGGAAUUGAAAAUGGGUGUGAACCUAGAUUUCCUACACCAUGGAUCUUUCUGGUGCGUGGAAUAAAAAUGAUUACUCGCAAUGAACAAAAUAGGAAGAUAGCAGAAAUAAUGAAUAUUUUCAUUAGCAUGACCAAGCAUGAUGUGAGUUUUUUGAAUGUUGCGAUUUAUAAACUUUUACACAAUAAUAAUGUGAAAAGCACCAUUGAGCUUAGUCAUAAAAUGUUGAGUGUGUACUAGUUUCUUAUAGUUUACAUGUAUUGAGUUUGAUUCAAAAUGAUGAAUCAAACAAUAUUGUGAAAUUAUUCUUGGAAGUGGGGAAAAAAUUAUGACAUAGAAGAUUUAGUUCAUACUUGUAACAUUUCGAUUGUUGUGUAUGUUCAAAGAGUAUGAGUUGAUAAUAUUUAAUCUCUUUUUGAUCAAAUUCUCUUUUUCUUUAAUUUUGAUUGUAUAAGGAGAGAUAAUGAGCGGUUUGAAAGAAAUGCGACGUUUAAUUUGAUAGUGUUUACUUGUAGGGUGUUGACUUGGAUUGUGGUGCCGGUGGAUGCUAGAAGUGUUGAUGUGGUGAGAAAGACGACAAUAAGAAGAUAGGGGAAGGAAAGAAGAAGAAGGUAGUAAAGUUGGGGUGGCAGUUGUCGUGGGCUUGGUUAAGAGAAGGGAUGAGUGAGGUGAUGGUUUGAUGUAAGGGAGAAUUUAAGGGUGAAAAAAUAAAUUCCACCUUGAAAAUAGCGGAUAAUUUUAUCAUUUGGUAUAUAAAAUAUAAAAUACAUGAACGUUAAAAUGUAAUUUCGUCACAUAUGUUAACAUUGUUUAUUAUACUACUCUUAUAAGAUUAGUAUGACGUUUCCAAACUAAUGAAAUCAACUAUAUUUAUCUCAUCUAUCAGUGGAAGUCAAAAACUCACAUUA